AUGUUCAAGUUUUCGUUUUUUUAUUUGAGAAUACAUAUUGCGAAACAUCAUCAGGAAUUAUAUGUAGGUAAUUUUGCAUCUGUACCAUUCUCCUCUAGUCAAUGGGAUGAUUGUGAAACAAAUGAAAUCCAAAUACAUGAAAAAACUAUGGCUGAUGUAGAUUGUGAUAAUGUAAAUGAUGUAGUUUUUGCUGAUCAAAUAAGUAUACAGGAAAGCAUGCAGGGUUCUUUUAUUGCAUUUAUUACUAAGUUGCAAGCACGUUCUAAUGUUCUUUUGACAAAUACCGAGUUUGUAACUGAGAAUGUUCAGGAGUUGCUGCAAGAUUCAACGCAGUUUACAAUGCAGCGUAUUCGAUCUGUUUUUAAAGAACUAGGUAUUGACGAAAAUAUUUUCUGUGUACAAAAUCUUUAUAAAGAUCUUGAAACAAUGUCUACUUCUGUUGACAAAGUUGAUACAGAACAUAAACAGCUUGCUUAUUUAAAGCAGCAGCAGUUGUACAUUGAGCCUCAACCCGUACCUCUAGGAGUCAGGAAAGAGAGUCGUAAAUCAGUUUUAUCAGGCAAUCGAGAAAUGAAGAGCGUUGUAGAUACUGCUCAAUAUGUUCCAAUUGAAGUUUUAUUAGCACGUAUUAUCAUUGAAUGCAAAAAUAUUUCUUUAAGUUUAAAUUGUAAUAGCCAUGCCAGCAAUGAUGGAAACAUUACAGAUUACUUUGAUACUAACACAUACAAGAAACAUCCUUUUUUCUCUAAAUUUCCUGACGCUUUAGUUUUACAUUUGUACAUCGAUGGAUUUGAAACUACAAAUCCACUUGGUCCACAUAUACAGAUACAUAAAAUGGAAGGUCUGUACAUGAUGGUGCGAAAUUUACCUUCCAAGCUACUUUUAAAUGAAAGUUCCAUUUUUCUUGUGGGUAUGUGGUAUGCCCAAGAUGCUAAAGAUAAAGCACUUACAUAUGAUAUUAUUCUUGCUCCCCUAGUAAACACAUUAAUGAAGUUAGAAUCGGAUGACGGCAUAGAUGUAUCUGUGUGUAAUCAAACAAUAAAAGUAAGAGCAGCAUUAGCACUUUUCUCAGCUGAUAAUUUGGGGUAUCAUUCAUUAUUUGGCUUCUUAGAAAGCUUCAAUGCGCGCAAGUUCUGUAGAUUGUGUGAGGCAACUAAAGAUGAGAAUCAAACAAAAUUUUAUGAGACUGAUUAUGUUAAACGCACUAAAGAGUCAUAUGAUGAGUCGGUUAAUUCAUUAGGUCAACUUGGAUAUAAAGAGUCUCAUACCGGUAUUAAACAUGGAUGCAUUUUUAACAAAUUUAAGUACUUUCAUGUGAUGGAGAAUUUUGCAGUGGAUGCAAUGCAUGAUCUAUUGAUAGGCAUUAUACCUAUUGAAUUAAUUGAUAUUUUAGGCAAACUAAGUGAUGGUGGAUACAUAUCUCUAAACGAGUUUAAUUUGUUAUUGACAAAAUUUAGUUUUGGUUCUUCAGAUGUCAAUAGUCGUCCCACAACUUUUUCAUCUUUGACACAUUUAAAAAUGACUGCUUCUGAAUGUUGGUGUCUAAUGCGAAAUCUGCCGUUUAUAAUAGGACACAAUGUCCCACGUGACGAACCUCAUUGA